AAGCAAGAACGGCCUGUCUGGCGACUAAAAGUGAAAUUUUGCCAUUUGGGUAGACAUUAGGACUGCUGUUCUGGUUGGCAUAACAUAAAGAACGCCCAAAGUUCUCUCCUCCGCCACCCAAAAUGCUCUCCUCCGCCACUCAACCGCCAUCCCGUUCUCCACUGCUCUCCUCUGACUCCGACUCUGAUCCCUCCUCUCCCUCCGCCAAUCACCGCCACCCCGAUCUCUCCUCGUCCAUCUUCCAGUCGUACCUCUCCCACUCCAGUUCUCAUCAUGAUCAACGCCAAGAUCUCAUCAAGAUCCAAUCUUUCCUCGUCUCCUCACGCUCCGGAGCACUAUCCUGCCUCAUUUGCCUCGAACGCAUCAAACCUACCGAUCCCACUUGGUCCUGCUCCUCCCGCUGCUUCGCUAUCUUCCACCUCCUCUGCAUCCAAUCCUGGGCCCACCAGUCCACCACCCUUGCCGCCUCCAGAGCCUCGUCACGUGCCGCCGUCGUCCCCGAUGAGGAUUCCCUUGUGUGGCCCUGCCCCAAGUGCCGCAUCGAGUACCCCAAAUCCCAAACCCCCAAGUACUACUAUUGUUUUUGCGGUAAAGUUCAGGACCCCCCUCGUGAUCCGUGGGUUUUGCCCCAUUCGUGCGGGGAAAUCUGCGGCCGGGCUUUGAAAUAUAAUUGUGGACAUUUCUGUCUGCUAUUGUGUCACCCAGGUCCAUGUCCCGCCUGCCCAAAAUUGGUCAGAAAUAAGUGUUUCUGUGGUAAAUUAGAGGAUGUGAGGCGGUGUGGGUUCAAGAGUUUCUCGUGCAAUGGUGUGUGUAGGAAGUUGUUGGAGUGUGGAGUUCAUAGGUGUGUCGAGAUUUGCCAUGGCUUAUAGGUGCCAAUGUGGGAAGGUGGAGAUGGAGAGAGAGUGUUGUGACAAGGAAUUUAGGUGCAAUAGUGCUUGCAAUAAGUUGUUAGGUUGCGGAAGGCAUGUUUGCGAGAGAGGGUGUCAUGAAGGUCAGUGUGGAGAGUGUCCUCUUCAAGGGAAGAGGACUUGUCCUUGUGGAAAGAGAGUAUAUGAAGGGAUGGCAUGUGAUGUUUCUGUACCACUAUGCGGGGCAACUUGUGAGAAGCUGUUAAUCUGUGGGUUCCAUAGGUGCCCUGAGAGGUGCCAUCGUGGACUGUGCAUUGAAACUUGUAGGAUUGUCGUGACAAAGUCUUGUAGGUGUAGGAGCUUGAAGAAACAGGUUCCUUGCUAUCAAGAAUUGACAUGUGAGAGGAAGUGCCAGAAACUCAGGGAUUGUGGGCGCCAUGCUUGUAAGCGCCGCUGCUGUGAUGGGGAUUGCCCGCCUUGCUUGGAGAUUUGUGACAGGAGACUCAGGUGUAGGAACCACAAGUGCCCAGCUCCAUGUCACAGAGGUGCUUGUGCUCCUUGCCCAUUAAUGGUGAGAAUUGCAUGUUCAUGUGGAGAGACACAGUUCGAGGUUCCUUGUGGCACCGAAACCGAACAAAAACCUCCCAAGUGUCCGAAACCAUGUCCCAUAGCUCCUCUUUGCAGGCAUGCGUCGAAUUGCAAGCCACACAGGUGCCAUUAUGGUCCUUGCCCCCCAUGUCGUCUAAUUUGUGAUGAAGAAUACUCAUGUGGUCACAGAUGCAAAUUAAGGUGCCAUGGACCUAAACCGCCUCCUAUUCCUGAAUUUACUCUGAAACCCAAAAAGAAGAAGCUGAACCAUCUGAUUGAAGCAACUCCUGGUUCCCCAUGCCCUCCUUGUCCGGAAGUUGUGGUGAGGUCAUGCGUUGGACAUCACAUAGGAGCAGAGAGGACGAUGGUUUGUUCAAAUAAGGCAGAAUUUUCUUGUGAUAACUUGUGCGGGAAUCCUCUCCCUUGUGGCAAUCAUUAUUGCACUUAUGUAUGCCAUCCCUUGAAAAGUCAUUUUUCAAUAUCAGAUACUUACCGGACAGGCGAGUCCUGUGAAGAGUGCAAUCUCCCUUGUCAGAAGGAGAGAGAUCCCGCAUGUCCACAUCCUUGUCCCCUGCCAUGUCAUCCUGGAGAAUGUCCCCCUUGCAAGGCGCUGAUUAAGCGUUCCUGUCAUUGUGGGUCCAUGGUACACGUUUUUGAGUGUAUAUAUUUUAAUUCCAUGUCAAAGAAAGAGCAAAUGGCUGUUCGUUCAUGCAAUGGACCUUGCCACAGAAAGUUGCCAAACUGUACACAUUUGUGCCCAGAAACAUGUCAUACUGGUCCCUGUCCAUCACCAGACAAGUGCUCUAAGAAGGUAACUGUGCGUUGUGCAUGUCAAACCUUGAAAAAGGAGUGGCUGUGUCUGAACGUGCAAGCAGCAUAUCGCAGUACAGGUUGUGAUCCCAAAGAUGUACCCAAGAAUCAGUACGGAGUUGGACUCCUUCCUUGUGAUAAUGAUUGCAAGAGCAAAAUGAAGGUCCCUGAUGCAGAAUUACAUUUUCGUCAAACAAAGCCCCCUGAGGAAAAGGAGUCUGAUAAAGCUACUAAUGUAUCAAAACGUAGAAGACGACGGCAAAGGGUACAUGAGGAAGAAAAUACUUCGACACUGCAGAAAAUAGUUGCUGUGGCUCGAACGGCUCUGCUGCUGCUUAUUGUUGCUGUUAUUAUAGUUGCAUCUGCAUACUUUGGCUAUAAAGGUCUCAUGUGGCUGUCCGACUGGAUGAACGAAUAUGAAACUCGACAAAGAACACGACAUUCACGAUUCUAGUCAGUCUAAGUCCCUGCAUUUCAACACGUGCUGUUCUUUUAUUAAUUCUUGUUCAAUUUUGAAGGUAAACUAAAAAUCGAACCUCCAUACAAAUUCCGGUAGAAUUUAAGAGUUAGUAUAUUAUUUCAUGUUCUGUUUUUUAGUUUUCCCCAGUAAGAUUUUCGUACAUAUGUGAAAAAGUAGCUGCAAUGGAUCAUUGUAUUUAGUCCUUGACAUACACAAAAGUAGGUUUGUCUUAGAACUGAGAUUCCACUUGUUUUAUGACACUUUAAAUGAGUUGAAGGAUGUUUGUUUUGUGCC